AUGUCACGUAUCGAAGAGCUCCCGGAUGACUUCGAUGAGUCGCUCAAUCUCAACGAGGUGCCCACUGCGGCUCCUCCGAGCGUACCCCAGCCUGGGUUCAACGCAUUUGCCCCCUCCAACGAAGUGCCGUUCCCUAUCAAUGAGGAGCGCCUGAAAGCAGCAAAGACAGAUCCCUCUGCUCCUGAUAUGCCACCAGCAAUGGCGUCAAUCAAGUCGCAUACAUCCGACGAGCUGAUGGAUAUGAUGAACAAAACCCCGUUGUUCAUGACUGAUAUUGAGAAUGCGGGUGACGAGAAUGGUGAUAACGCUAUGCUGGACGCGCUUACGGCAUUGCAAAAUGAGGGUACUCGGGGUGAGGUUGCUCAGAGUUUCAAGGAACAGGGAAAUGAAGCUGUUCAAGAGAAACGGUGGAUUGACGCCAAGGAGAUGUACACGAAGGCUAUUGCAGUCAUCGCUGCCAAGGAAGAUAAAUGGGAAAAGCCCGAAGACAUUGCUGUGGAGAAGAAAUUGCUUCUUAAGAUGGAGGAGCUGUCGCAUAUCAACCGAGCUUUGUGUAACCUGGAACUAGGAAACUACCGUGCUUGCAUCCUCGAUGGCGCCGCUACGAUUAAGUUGAACCCUGCGAACGUCAAGGCCUAUUACCGUUCUUCCAUGGCCCUGUUGAAGUUGGAGAAGCUUGACGAAGCUGAAGAUUCCGCGAAACGAGGAUUGGCCAUUGACUCCGAGAACAAGUCACUGCAGACUGCCGCCACUAAGAUUGCUGAGCGCAAGGCAAAUCUGGCACGGGCUGCCGCCCGAAAGAAGGCCGAAGCUGAGCUUCUGCGCAAGCAAAACCUAGUUCUUAGCACUGCUCUUCGUGCCCGUGAGAUCAGAACCCGCAAAACUGACCAACCGCCUGAGAUGGAGGAUGCGAAGAUUCGACUGGUUCCCGACCCACUAUCGCCCGAGAGUUCUGUCGAGUUCCCUGCAGUUUUCCUGUACCCCAUGGAUGCCCAAUCGGACUUUAUCAAGAGCUUUUCGGAACUGCACUGCAUUGCGGACCAUUUGGAAUACAUGUUCCCCUUGCCGUGGGAUACGAAGAAGGAAUACACCAUUCCCAAUGUUGAGUGCUUCAUGCAGACCGUCUCAGGUGGUCUGAUCAAGGCAGGCAAGAAGCUGCCCCUGCUGCAGAUCUUGACUGGUGGAAAGGUCGAGGUUGUGGAUGAGAUGGUUCGUAUCUUCAUCGUGCCAACCAGCAAGACUGGAGCUUUCAUUGCGGAAAUGAAGGCUCGGAAGACCGGUUGA